GCAGGAGUCAGUUUUCACUGGAGUUGAUCAGAAAGUUUCCCUCUGCUUUGUAAAGUUGCUGUCUGAGCAGAGUUGUUGCAAAGAGGCCAGCUGCUCUGAUACUUCCCUAAAAAGCUGCUUAAAUGAAAUGAGAAGACUUAUCUGUCCAAGGAUUUACAGCCUAGAGAAGAAGCAAAGAAGUUAUUUUCUCCUUUUUCUUCCCUACUCCCAGUAGAGCUGCUCAGAUCUCAGUACUGGCAUGCGUUUCAUCUCUCAGAAUACUAUGUCACAGUACUCUACUAACUUUCUCUUGCUUCCCAUACCCGAGUAUCCUGUCUUAGACUGUGUGCCCAACAAAAUCAUCAAGCUUGUUGUACUUGGUGGCAGUAACGUUGGCAAGACAGCCCUGGUUGUGCGCUUUCUCACUAAAAGAUUUAUUGGAGACUAUGAGUCCAAUACUGGUGCUUUGUAUUCAAGAAAAUUCACCAUCGACGGAGAGCAGAUCUCCUUACAGGUGCAGGAUACACCUUAUGUCUCACUGGAGGUAAAAAGUCUGCGCAAUGUAUUUAUUCUUCAGAACACAGAUGAUAAUGACAAUAUUUGCUGCCAGGAGCAAAUAAAUCGUUCAAUCUAUUGGGCAGAUGGUUUUGUAUUCGUUUACUCCAUUACGGACUAUGACAGUUACCGGGUCAUCCGACCGCUGUACCAGCACAUUCGCAAGAUCCACCCCAAUGCCAACAUUCCUCUGCUCCUGAUGGCCAACAAAGGGGACCUACUACGAGCCAGACAGGUGUCCUCCAGAGAAGGGCUUCAACUGGCCAGCGAGCUGGGUGGCACUUACUGUGAAGUGUCAGCCCGGGAGAACUGUGAGGGGGUGCAUGAAGCCUUCCAGCAACUUUGCCAGGAGGUGGGGAGGAUGAUUGGUAGCUGCAAUGGGGAAAAACGGAGAGGACUCCACCUCAUUCGGCCCAAGUCUCCAAACAUGCAAGACUUAAAAAGACGUUUGAAACAGGCACUCUCUUCCAGAGGGAAAUCUGCUACUACACUUUGACAUCACUGACAGAACUAGUUAAAAAAGCAAGCUGACAUCUUUAUUGCCUCAAAACUCAAUAGGCACAUAGAUUUUUAAGGAUCUCACUUAAAAGUCAUGUUUCCUUCAGCAAGGGACUCACAAAAUAGAUAUUUCUGAGCAAGAGUUUAGAAACUGUUUAAAAAAUAAUGUGUCUAAAGCUAUUCACUUUUUAAAAGGAGACACUAUCUUGUAGUUUAGGCCUAAAAUGUAGGUUUCGUUUAUACAAAAAGAUUUUUAAAAUCCUAGGAUGAAGAAAAAUAUCUGGGAGGUGGAGGUUGUUUUGGGAUAUAAGCAUUCCUACACAUAAACUUUAGGGAGUUAGAUCGUGACAGGAGACAGGAACUGACUAUAUCCAUAGGCUACGUCUAGACUGCAUCCCUCUGUCGACAGAAGGAUGCAAAUC